GUAUGCUGAGGGCGUCAGUGAGCGUGACAUCCUGCUGAUCCACUCCUGCCGCCAGUGGACAACAGUGACAGCCCACACCCUGGAGGAGGGCCACUACGUCAUUGGGCCCAAGAUUGACAUUCCCCUGCAGUACCCAGGCAAGUUCAAGCUCCUGGAGCAGGCUCGGGAUGUCAGAGAGCCGGUGAGAUACUUCAGCAGUGUGGAGGAGGUGGCCAGCGUUUUUCCUGACCGAAUCUUUGUAAUGGAAGCCAUCACCUUCAGUGUCAAGGUGGUGUCAGGCGAGUUCAGCGAGGACAGCGAGGUGUACAACUUCACACUACAUGCGGGCGACGAGCUCACGCUCAUGGGCCAGGCAGAGAUUCUGUGCGCCAAGACCACCAAGGAGCGCUCGCGCUUCACCACGCUCCUGCGCAAGCUGGGCCGCGCUGGGGCCCUGGCCGGAAUGGGUGGCCCCGGGAACGUGGGGGCCACGGGGGGUGGCGGUGGGACCGCCAGGCCCGUCAAAGGCAAGAUGCCCUGUCUCAUCUGCAUGAACCACCGCACCAACGAAAGCCUGAGCCUGCCUUUCCAGUGCCAGGGCCGCUUCAGCACGCGCAGCCCGCUGGAGCUGCAGAUGCAGGAGGGCGAGCACACGGUGCGCAUCCCUUACGAGGAGCUGUGGGUGCAUCAGGCCCCCGAGAACCUCGCCGAUGCCCGUGUCCGUCCAGGGCUGCCAGGGCCGGACCUAAUCUCCUUCGGGACUGUGGGGACCCCACGUCAUGAGCCCGAGGCACCACCGCCUCCUGUACCCCCCAAAUCCGAGGCGGUAAAGGAAGAGUGCCGCCUCCUUCAUGCCCCUCCCGUACCUCCUCGGGGUGGCAGCUGGGGCAGGCUCACAGGCAGCCCGCCAGUGCCGCCCCGCUUUCCCAAGGUGCAGCCCGUCCACUCGCCCAGCUCCAGCCUCUCCUAUUACUCUUCUGGCCUGCAGGAUGGGGCAGGAUCCCGCAGUGGCAGUGGCUCUCCCUCACCGGAUGCAUACUCCCUCUAUUGCUACCCUUGCACCUGGGGAGAUUGCAAAGCCAGUGAAUCCUCUAGUCGCUCGCCCCCAGGACCAAUGCCGUCUACCACCACUCAGCCCAGCCAGGCCUCCAGAGCCCUAGCAGAGCCCGUGAGUGCUCGAACCACCUCCCUUGUAGGGCCAGACACCCCAGUGGUUAAAAACUACCAUGGCUGUCCACCUCUGUUCAAGCCCUCCCAUUCCCAGAAGCGCUUUGCUCCGUUCGGUGCGCUCAACCCCUUCUCUGGGCCUGCACACCCUUCAGGUUCUCCAGCAGCCUCUUCCUCUGGGUCCACAUCCACCUCGGGUGCCCUGGCUACCUCCAGCCCCACACAUUCACCAGGCCCAGGCCCAGGCCCUCAGGGCCAAGGUUACUCCUCCUCCUUAUCAUCCUCUGAGUGGCAGGAGCCAGCACUGGAGCCCUUGGACCCAUUUGAGCUGGGGCAGGCUAGUCCUCCUGAGCUGGAGCUGCUGCGCUGCCAGGAGCCCAGAGCUGUGGGGGCACCUGGGUCUGGACCCUGCCUUUCACCGCUUGGUCCUCCCAAGGCCUUUGAGCCUGAAGGUUUGGUGCUGAGGCAGGUCUCGUCCUCAUUGACACCAGCUGCCUUGCAGGGGCCUGAGACAGGAGGAACCCUACUCUUUCUCACCCAAGGGGGCCUGGAAGGGCCUCCUGGCAGUCCCAGGGAGGGGGCCACAGCCACUGGAGUCCGGGAUGCCACCUCCUGGCAGCCACCAGCAGACUUGUCCGCCCUCUCCCUGGAAGAGGUCUCACGCAGCCUGCGCUUCAUUGGGCUCUCAGAGGACGUGGUGAGCUUCUUUGCCCGAGAACGCAUUGAUGGAAGUAUCUUCGUGCAACUCAGUGAAGACAUCUUGGCUGAUGACUUCCACCUCACCAAGCUUCAGGUCAAGAAGAUCAUGCAGUUCAUCAAAGGCUGGAGACCCAAGAUCUGAACUAUCUGGCCAGCAGCUAUAUAGCCUGAAUAUUGGGAGUGGAGGCCAUGGGGUCUGCCAGAAACAGCACUCCCAGGGGCCUUCCCACAGGGAAAAUCUGGGCCAAGACUGAGGCUGCUCUGUAGGUUCUGAGUGUUCCAGGGGAGACACACUGGGAACUGUGGGCCUCUGGGACAGAUCCUGCAGGAGCAUGUCCUGCGUUUGUGAAGAAAACUUGGGGAGGAGGUGCUGCUGUGCACCUGCCCUCGGGGGGGACCUUUUGCUGCCUUCCCAUAGCAGGGUAAAGAUAGAGUGUGUCAACAGGUGGCUCUACGGUGGCAGAAUGCAGCCUUUCAGAUGUCACACACUUCUCAGCCCUUCACGUUCAGGUUAGAGAGCAAGGGAAGAUGGCUCAGAGCUUUUGUAGUUUCCCCAAAGCACCCUCUCCUUCAUCCUCUGUGCAUUUUGGUCUACAGCUGCUCCAGAGUUAGGGGUGUCACUUCAGUCAAUGAGGUACCCUCUUUCCAUCUGCUCCCAUGAUUAGGCACUUGGCGCUGUGUAUGCCCAGUACCCGAGUCUCUGCUUUGGGCUUUGCUCUGUCAUCAUCACAGCUACUUAAGGUUUCCCAUGGGGCAGUCUGAAGACAGUUCCUGGGAGACGGGGAGAGUGGCUAGAUGUAGGCUAGAAGCUCAUCUUUGAUUCUAGAAACAAGCAGUGAUCAGAUACUCCCACGCUGCCUGUCUCCCACUGUCAGUGUUUGGCUCUGAAGGACACUUGGGGUCUUUCUUGGUUGUCACUGGGACAGGACAGUGUGGCUGGUAAAGGGAGGCAGGUGGCUCAGGAAAGAUGCUGGUUCGAGAUCAGCCCUGUACUUACACAUUUGCAGAUGAUUUCUGGGCCCCUCAGUCUCAAGUGUGGUAAUCUGUGUGACAGCAAGAGGCCUGGCUAAUGCACAAGCCCCACCCCCACUCUUCUUCAGCACCUCUAACAAGAACCACACCCCUCAUGACCUCUGGUGUAUGUGUGUGUGGGGGGGCAGAGGUGGCAGUUUUCUUGUCUGCCUUCCCUGACCUACCUAGAUAUUUAUUUCUUGAGGUUUCUUUACCAAUAGUUAAGCCCUGCCCACACCUGUGCCAGUCAGAGGGGAACCUGGAAGCUGUUUGUCUUCUCACAACUAAUGAACCCUCAAGGAUUAGGGAAAUAAAGGCUAGACCACAAAGUAGUCAAAGUGUGGGACCCUGGGUGUUGGCUGAUUCUUUUUUUGUGGAGGGCUGUGAAGACCAAGGGCACAAUCUAUGCAUCUCUGGGCAGGGAAGGACUUUGGAAUGGUGUGUGUAGCCUAUUCUUAAAACUCCUAAAUACACACUCCAGCCUGUAAAACUGCCCUUCCACAAGAAUCUUCUAGUAACUUAUUUUUGCCUGCAUGUACGUCUGUGUGAGUGUCAGAUUUUAGAUUUACAGACAGUUGUUAGCUGCCAUGUAGGUGCUGGGACUUGAA